AUGUCUUCCACUGUCACGAGCUCGAAGCCUUUCGACCAAGGCGCUUCUCAGCAGAGGGGGACCCUGGUGCAAGGCGAAAGGGCUGGUCCGCUGCUAGUGAAGCCCGCAGCGACUUCACACGCACUCACCAGUCAGGGAAACGGCCUCUGCCAAGCUGCGAUAGACACCGAGCAGCAGAAUGACUGCAGAGCGCCGCCCUGUGCGAGCUCCGGCACGACGAGGCGAGAAAGCGAUGAAGUGGCCGCCACAUUCGCAAGUUCUGAGGCUUCCUUCAUGAGGAGUUUGUCGGGGAACGCCCCUCCGAAGACUGAGGCUCCCAGGGGAACCCCGGGUGUCUCUUUGGAGAAACACUAUUCGAAAUCGUUGCUGAGCCCAUCGCGUCAGCACUGCCAGCAGGGGAAGGGUUUUAGGCUCCUGGACGACCAGCCAGCAGCUCGCGCCUGCAACUCAAGCGGUUGGGGACGGCUAGGAAGUCACGUGCGCACUUCAUGGGAAGCUGGCGAUAGCGGCUCAGCAAGAGGGAUGGUUGCAACCCUCUUCUGCUCUCUUGUUGAUUGGAUUGGUGGGUGGCGAUCGGAGGUAGAAAUCCUUCCCCUUACGCAAAGUCUCGGGGGCUGUACAGAGGAGGGGGGGGCCAUCAAGGAGGGCACUCUGGAGAGUCCUUGCCCAGGUUGCGCCUUGAAUAAUCUGGCUGUUCGCGGAUCCGUAGAUGCUGGUGCAUCGCACCUUUCGACAGACACUACGGGGGAGGGGCAUCGUGGGAAUGAGCGUUCGUCGGCGGAAGCUGAGGAACGCCUUCAAGAGGGGCCAGGGGGGACGCUUUCUACAGCGCUGAAGCCGCAAAGAAUCACACUGCGCACAGAAAGCCCGGAGGGGCUCCGGGCAGAUUGCAGCCUCUUUUCGCGAGAAGACGACGAAGCAAGGGAAGGCAGCGACAGCAAUUGGGAAACGCAGACACAUUUAGAAGACGAGACAUGGUCAGAGCGGGGAGGUGGCUCUUGUUCUCAAGCCCCGGGGUGGAGCAAGAUGCAACUGCCCGCAAGAGGUGUGCCUCUGCCAGCAGCUUGCAGCACGAAGAAGGGCGUCGAAGAGGCCUCCGUAGCCGCAUCAUGCACGGAGAAUGCGCUUCUGCAAUGCCCCCAACAGGGCGGAGGCCGAACACUGGGAGGCAGCCGCCUCUCUAGAAGCCCUCCUGUGGGCUGUGCGCCCCCCCCAUUUCGACUGACGGGCAUGAUAGCGCUCUGUGCCUUGGGCUUUUUCUGUGUCAAGUUUGUUCGGUGCAGCUUAGCCUUCUGGCUGCAAUACUUCCUGUGCAGAGAGGGUGCCAUGCCCGUGGCAGCUGCGGGCUUCGGCUCCGUUUUGUUCGACGUUGGAGGGGCCGUGGGAGCCGUAGGUGCAGGCCUUCUAGCGGACAAGCUGCUCAAAGGACGCCGUCUAACGCUGGCCGCCCUUCUGUGCGUUGGGACCAGCAGCUGCCUCUUCCUGGUGGCAUGCUCGUCUCGGCAGCUGCAGCGCCUUCGGCUGGCACGAGAGAGCCUCGCGCUAGAGCGCCAGGUGUCUCUGCUCCUUCUCCGGAAGGAACUGCAGGAAGAUUGGACUCGCCUGCAAGAAACGGAAAGCCUCCGCAACGCAGAAGAAGCUUUGCCCAGGCACUCCUCCAGUGGCAGUGCCCUGAGCACGCCGGGUGGGGGGGGGCUGCCAGCAGAGGAUGGCGCCGCAUUGUUUAUUGGUUUGAGGGAUUCUCAGACGUUCUUCGAAGAGCCUCGAGGAGGCUUAGAGGAGGAAAAUGCCGGUGAAAAAGAACGCAGCGCAGCUUCGGAGCAACGCCUGCCCCCACCCAGACGGGCGAAGGAGGCACCCCGGCAGUUACUUCUGUUUCUCUCAAGACCUAAGGAGAACCCCAGCUCACCAAGCGAGGAAGACUCAACAGCCGCUACCACUCCAAGAGCCGUUGCGCGUCCAAGCCGUGGGGGACUGCCUUUUGGCGGAGAAAUAACUUUGACGCAGGAAGGCGAAGCGGGGAGGCCGCGUGCACCUGCUUUAGGCACAAGCAUGCCAAGAAUUGCGUCCCCUUGGUUGGCUGCAGGAGCCCUCCUGGCGUGGGCACGGCCCAUAGAUCGACUGCAUCAGACAGGCGGGGAGGGGCUCAAGGAAUAUCAUGAGCAGGAGGGCCCCACAGCGUCUCCCCACGAGCUGAUGGGCCCCCCUAGUGGUCCACUUGCAUCGGCCUACAACCCCCGGAAAUUGGAAGCAGUGGAAAGCGCUGUAAGGGGCGCCUCGUCUGAGGCCGUUGACACUGCAUCUCCUGCGGUGCCAACCUUCACACCGGAGAUGGAGGCAGGCAUCCGUAAUGUUCAGCGGCAACAUGAGGAGAGAGUUUCUAUGCUUUUGCAGGAUGCGGAACUCAAGAGCCACAACCUGCAACAAGAACGCAACCACCAGCUGCUGCUGCUUUUAUCGUGCUUAGUACUUGUUGGGUUGUUUGGUGCUGGACCCGAUUCAGUGCUGGGAGCCUCGGCAGCUCUGGACCUCUUGGAGCUCCCAGGGGCGCCGCAGAACAGCCCUGCCGCAGUCUCAGCUUUUAUUAAUGCGGUUGGAGCAUUAGGGGCCCUUUCUCAGGUCAGUUGGGGGCCCUCUGUAGCGCAGUGA